CUGGGAGCGCUCCGCCCCGCCGGCCGUGGCGGCGGUAGGGGCCGGGAGGGGAAGGGCUGCGGCUGCCCCGUGGGGGAGCGCCCCCCCCCCCCCCCCACGGUGCGGCGCCGGGAGGCACGGGGUUAAAGCUGUACCUGUUUUAAUAGAGGAAUUUUGUUCUUUGAUUAAUUAGUGGUUUCGGUUUGUAAAUGGCCGAGGCUGAUACCGGGGCUGUCGCGCCCGGGCUUCCUGUGCGCCAGUGGCAGCGGUUGGCCCCGGGGAGCUGCCGGGCGGAGCCGUUGAAGCGCUGAGGCGCCGCGGCGGGCGCCGUGAAGCGGCCCUCUGAUCCCUAAAGGCGCUUGGCCUCGGCUUAGGUGCUAGGCCUCGGUCAGCGUGUGGUGACCACCGCUGUGGGACUGUGCGGUGUGCAGUGACCUUUGCUUCUCGGUUUUAUGCGUUGUUUUUUCUUUAACUACUUUACAGUGAAAUGUGAUGGGCAUAAGUAAUCUCUUAUGCUUAAUCUCCUUCAGGAAGUAGUUUAGAAAAGGCAGAGAGGGAGUAGUUUGUUUCUUGGUGGUUUUUCAGCUCAAGUUUGGUCUCCUGUAUUUUUGUUGUUUCCUUAUUCCCUCUCUGUAGAGGUUUUCUUCUUUCCUAUUCUAUACUGCACUUACCAUAUGAAGCCAAGUUGAAAAUGCUUGGAUAGAGGUAAUAUAUUGUAGCCAUAACAAGGAAAUAUAUUUCCUAUGUGUAACCGAUAAGGAUGCAAAAUUAUUAAAAUUGCAAAAUGUUCUAUGUUGUUGGCCUCUUAUGCUCAUGCAUAAGUGAAAAAAGCCUGUUAAACUAAAGUCUGUGAUGACAUCUGGCUCCUUUAGCAGUAGGCUUAGUCAGGAGCAGAUGUGCUGUGAUCAAUUCUGUGGGAGAACGUUAUGAUUAUUUUAUAUUUACAACAAGGUGCCUAGGACUUGCUGUCAUGUCCAGUUUUUGCUCAGAAGUUUUAUGGGCAACCUGUUUCUCCUUUUUAAAGUAUACUUUAUCUUGCAGAUCUUGAAAAAACACCACCCCUUUCAAAAAUGAUGGCUUUGGGGUCUCUCUACAUAUCUUUCAGAACUAGGGCCAAGUUGUUUUUGUCCAUUGAGUUCAGUGCAGAUUUUGCUUUUUUUUCCCUUGGAAAGGGGAAAGAAAACUUUUUCAUCCUACUAGAAGAAGUGGGAAUAGCACCUGAUGCAUUUCCACAAGUUGCUGUAGGAGGUUGCAGGGUAAUGAGGGUAUAUACGUAAAACACAUUGGCAUGGGGGAGUCAAGGCACUAGUGUAUUAAACCCAAAUAUUUAAAGACAACUGAAAUAACUGCAACAUAAAGGCAUUAUAUAUGUUUAUUUUCUGAAGAGCAGCUUCAUUUACAUUGGCAACUUGGGCAGUUGCAGUUUUGAGUUCUUUCUGUAAAACUGUAGUUUCAACUUCAUAAUGCAUCAAAAUGGAUGUUUUUCAACAUGAGCAGAUACAGAAUUCAAGGUGCCUGGAAAAUGGAGAAGACUUUGAAUAGAAUUCAUCCAGUUUCUGAUCCAGAAGCAACAUAUUUUCUACAAGUAUCAUGGGAAAAAGAUUUAGGCACUGGCUUUGUUAUAAUGCUUAGUGAUGCCCAGUGUGCGUGGACUGGGACAGUGUCUGAAGCUGAAAUUUCUAGGGAAGCUGCUGACAUGGAAAUGGAUAGAGAAAAGUAUGUUGAGGAACUGAAGAAAGCACUGAUACUUGGAGAAGAAUCAUCUGGCAAAUAUAACUUUGCUAUUUCUAGAAGUGAAGAAAAUACAGAGUGUCAUUUCUCCUAUGAAAAAAAUCUGAAAGAUGUUUCUUUUAGACUUGGAUCUCUGAAGCUACAAAAAGUUUCAAGGCCAGCUGAAGUGAUUAAAGAGCUGAUUGAUCAUUGCCUGGACCACUUAGGAAGACUACGGGCCGAAAAUGAGCACCUGCAAAAAGAAAAUGAAAGGCUCUACAAUGAUUGGAAUGACGUGGAGACACGACUGGAAAAAUGUGUGGAAGCUAAGGAAGAACUGGAAGCAGAUCUUUAUAACCGGUUUAUUCUAGUGCUGAAUGAAAAGAAGGCAAAGAUAAGGAACUUACAGAAGUUGCUGAAUGAAGCUAAAGAAUCUGCAGCAGAUGCACCAAGUACAAGAGAUAGCACUGCUACAGUUCAGAUGGCUACAGAGAGAAAAAAGGAGUAUGAUGGCAGCACUGAUGAAGAAAGUGAAAAUUUAACACAGUCCUCAUUACCAGCAGCAGCUGAACGAAGGGACUCCAUGCUGAGUAGCCCAGACGUCAUCAAUGCUGCUCCGACGCGAAAGCGAAGGCAAAGGGUAGUAAAGCCUGCUGGGACAGGAGCUAAAGUGGCAGCAUAUGAGACAGAACUACCAGCAAAGGAAAAAUUGGUGUCUUUGCUUUAUAUUUCCAGACCUGAUCUUGCCUCACAGAAGACAUCAGGCAAGCAUUCCCCGGAUGUGAUGUCUCUCGAAACCCUGGAAAACACUUGUGAGCCAGAGGACCUCUUUGAUGACAUCUAACUAUGUGCUGGAUGAGAAGCUGAGAGAAUAGAGCUCCUAGUAGACACAAGCUAUAAAACUUAGAAGGCUUAGUUGUAGACACUGAGCUGAAAUCUUUACUGUAAGGCUGUAUUUGAUGUGUGUGCGUUCUUCGCUGCACAGUUGCAGACCCUUGACCUGCUGAGGCUUGAUUUGUGACAGCCUUGAAAUCAGUUCAGCUGGUUGGCCUCUGUGUAGAUCUUUUAUCACAUGUAUAUUGAGAAAGAGAGCAUCAUCACAGCAUUUUUACGUCCUAACAAUCUUUGGCUGCUGAUCAUAUUCAGGAUCAACUGGUUUCCAGAUGUCACCAAAGAAUAAGUCAGACUUAAGACUUGAAGAAGACCUAAAGCUACCACUGUACUUUCCUUGUAUAGUACCCCUUUCUUGAGAAGCUCAGCUUAGAUGCAGUCUAGCUAAAUCAUCUUCAGCUUCGAUUGAGAUGUCUUCAAAAACUGAGUUUAAAAUGGUAUCAUCCGAAAUGAAGCAUCCAAAGAAAUGUCAUUUUGCUUGUUACUUGAAGAUUCUAUGAGGCAUUAUGCAUUAUAAGGUGUAUUCUUGCUUCUGGGAGUAAAAUGCUUAUAAAGUCAAUACUGAAUCUAUUUUAACAUUCUGUAGAAACCCAUAGCCCUUAAAAUGGUUGUUUUUCAUUACUACUUUGAUUUUUCUUAAGGUGAUUUAUAAAAUAAUAAAAUGCAUUCUAAGUCA